UCUUGCAGCUCUGAACACGGCUCUUCUCCCAAAUCCUGAGAAGAAAUAUUGCACUUAUUUGGUUCUCGCAAUCGCCACAUCAAAACUCCUGGGUCGUGAGAAAUGGCAGAUGAAGCUGGCAGCCAAGCAGAUGGCCAGCGGCAGUUUAUAUGCGGUGUAAUCGAGGGAUUCUACGGCCGGCCGUGGACAACGGAGCAGCGUAAGGACCUUUUUCGGAAGCUUAAAUCCAUGGGAUUGAGCUCCAGUCCGUCCUACAUGUACGCGCCGAAGGAUGACUACAAGCACAGGGCAUACUGGAGGGAGCUGUACACCGUGGAGGAGGCGGAUCACUUGUCUAGUCUGAUUGCGGCAGCCAAAGAGGCCGGGAUUAACUUCUACUACGCCCUUUCGCCCGGACUGGACAUGACCUACAGCAGCCCCAAGGAGAUCGCCACACUGAAGCGCAAGCUGGAUCAGGUGUCGCAGUUCGGCUGUGAAGCCUACGCCCUGUUAUUCGACGACAUCGAAUCGGAGCUAUCAAAGGCGGACAAGGAGGUCUUUCAGACGUUUGCCAAUGCCCACGUGUCGGUCACCAACGAGAUAUACACGCACCUGGGCAGCCCCAAGUUUCUCUUCUGCCCAACCCAGUACUGUGCUUCACGGGCCGUGCCUACCGUCCAGGAGUCGGAGUACCUCAACACUCUAGGCUCCAAGCUAAAUAAUGACAUUGACAUUCUCUGGACGGGGGACAAGGUCAUCUCCAAGACCAUUUCUAUUGAGUCCAUUCAGGAGAUAACUGAGGUUCUGCGUCGACCUCCGUGCAUCUGGGACAAUCUGCAUGCCAACGAUUACGACCAGAAGCGCGUCUUCCUGGGACCAUACAGUGGCCGGUCGCCGGAGUUGAUCCCGUACCUGCGAGGCGUUAUGACGAACCCUAACUGCGAAUUCUACGGAAACUUCGUUGCCAUCCACUCGCUGGCCUUCUGGUCGCGCUGUAGCCUGGACUCCAAGGUUAACAGCUCGCUCAGCGCAGACAUUAAACUGGAGACUGAAAACGAGGAUGAGGUGCCUGCGGAGUUCCUCUCCAAGAACGUGUACCACCCGCGAGUGGCUCUUAAAAACGCUAUUACGGACUGGCUGCCGGAAUUCUUCAUGGAGAAGGAAGCCUGGGGACCUAUCACAAAGCCGCAGCCGCAAGUGCAAAUGGUCAUGCCCAUCAUUCCCAUUAUACCCUCUAUCAACACCUGCAUGAGUCUCACUACCACCACAACCACUUCAACGAAUUCGAGGACUGUUCCAGAGGUCAACACCACCCAACUGCAAGCCCUGGCUGAUGUUUGUGUUGUGACCUCCUCCCUGACACCUAUCUCCAAUCCAGUGAUGAACUCUUUGGUGUCGCCCACAAAAGUGAUUACGAACGACGAUAUCAUAAAUCCCAUACCGACCACAGCUGCCAGCAACAUUGAACUGCCUAAAAAGAUACCUAUCUCCGUUGUCUCUGUGCCCAUAAUGGAGGCGAAAAGUGUAGAGGCAUCCGUAGAUCUGGACAAUGCAGUUUUUGAUAACAAUUUAAUUAAACCGAAUAGUGAAUCGGCAAAGGAGCGUCUUGAACUAGAGAUGGACGAUUUGGAGGAGAAGCAGGAACCAGUGGCCAGUCUUAGUGUGGAUACAAUGCUGGACGAAGCCAGUCUAAGUCCAGUUAGUGGCGGAGUCAACGAGCCUAUGGAGUGCAGCAGUAGCAUAGCCUCUCAGGUCUCUCCGAGGGAGGAGGAGGCGAUCAAACUGGUGGCAGACGAUGUACUGAUGGAGUCUGUUAAUGAUGUGCAUAGUAUGCAUGUGGAGAGUGGGACUUCGUCGCCGAUCUUAAAUGCGGAAAUGGGAGAGGAGAACGAAGCUCAGUCUGUUAAGAUCAUCGAUAAUAAUUCGACCGCAGGCGGAUACGAGUCAAAGAUAACCGUUGAGGAUUUGAGUCUGCUCUGCGAUCUCUUCUACCUGCCCUUCGACCACGGCAGCCGUGGCCUCAAGCUGCUUGUCGAAUUCAACUGGCUAAAGAGCAACGCAAAUGUGAUACUGCAGGAACGCCGUGCUGGUGGCGUAAUAGAUGCCAUCAAAACCCCCAAGCCGGAGGUUACCGAGUGGCACCAGCGAUGUGAGCAAUUUGACGAACUCUGCACCGACGUCGUGGGGCUUUUAAUCAAAAUCGCAAACUGCCAGAACAAGGAGAUCUGUCAUGAGCUGUACUCCUAUGUGUGGGACAUCUCCGGCGCGCUGUCUCUACUCAACUGCUACGUCAAGUGGUUGGCUCUCGGUCACUUUCCGCAUAACACGUCUUCUUACACGGAAGGCAGCUACACUUGGUUUAGCAAAGGCUGGAAAGAGGCUUUUAUGUCCGGUGACCAGGAGCCAUGGGUCUUCAGGGGCGGCCUCAUUGCAGACUUGCAGCGCCUGAUGCCCGUGGACUCUGGCAACGACCUGUUUGUGUAUAAGCUUCCGGAACAACCCACGGCUAAUUACUAUCUCCUGAGGCCUUACUGCAAUGCGGACGAGCAGAACGUCAAUGAUGUGUGCACUCGCUUAUAUUUGCAGUGGCAGGGAGAGCCGGACGGAGGCAGCCACAUACCUUUCCCGCUGCCGGCAAAUGUGACCAGCAUUGUAGCGGAUGGGCUGGUAGGUGGACAUCUCGUCCUCAGCCCGCAGCUCUGCAUUGUGGCUUACGAUGAGAACAACAGAGUCAUAGGCUACGCUUGCGCGGCAUUGGAUGUCAACAUAUUUCGACGCAACCUUCAGCUUUGCUGGUUUACGGAGCUGCGCGAGAAGUACCCAAAGGACCUUUGUCCGCAGGAGGGUGACGAAGAGGUAAGGCGGCUCGUUUCACGCUUUGUAGAAAAGUUUCAUUGCUCCAGCAGCAACGUGCCACUGGAGGACUGUCCCGUGGAGGUGAGCGGCUCCUUUCCAGCCGUACUAAUCUCCGGGACUCUGCGGGAGGCCGAGGAGCGAGACUCGGGCAUUACCAAGCGGAUGCUCACUGUGCUCCUGGCCGCCCUGCGAGCCAAUGGUUGCUUUGGGGCUCAUGUUUGUGUCCCCGAUGAGGACGUCGGUCAGGUGAACUAUUAUUCCAGGAUCGGAUUCGUUGAUGUCUAUCGCGAGGAGGCCACCAAGUGCAUUUACAUGGGUCGACGUUUCUAGCGUUAUUUUUUAUGGAAGUCAGCUUCACUGCCUCCACUUUUAAUGUUCCUUCGCCAUUGGUAUUCCGGAUAGCUUCGCUAGCCAUUUCACUCUCGUCCUUGUCCCGUUUUCUCUUAAGGUAAAAAGUUUGUAUUACUGACCAACCCCUCUGGCAUUUAUCUUAAGCACCGUUUUCUUAGCGUGAAAACAAUAAAAAUACCAUUUAAAAACUCUU